CGGGGGGGCGGGUGGGGGGGAACGGGGCCGCCUCCCCCGGGCAGCUCCUGGGGCCGCGCCCGCCGCCCGGCGAUGGUGGUGGCGGCGGCGGCAGGAACUUCCCCUUGAGGGCUCGGGUCGGGCCGCGCCGCUGGGCCGGGAGAGGAGCGGAAAGUGGGGAAAGCCUGAGAACUUCCCGCCCGCCCGCCCUGCCGGGCUUCGCCGCUUCCCUCCUGAGAGAUGUCUGAGGCUCCUGCUCAGUGUUGCAUCAAGCAGGAAAGAAUUUCGUACACACCUCCAGUGAGCCCGGUACCAAAUUACACUUCCUCGUCACCACUACAUGUCCCAGUGCCUCGAGCCAUCAGGAUGGAGGAAGACACGAUCCGACUGCCGGCACACCUGCGUUUGCAGCCCAUUUACUGGAGCAGGGAUGAUGUGGCACAGUGGCUCAGGUGGGCAGAGAAGGAGUUUUCCUUGAGGCCGAUUGAGAGCAACACUUUUGAGAUGAACGGCAAGGCUCUGCUGCUCCUGACCAAAGAGGACUUUCGAUACAGGUCUCCUCAUUCAGGUGAUGUUUUGUAUGAACUCCUUCAGCAUAUCCUGAAGCAAAGGAAAGCUCGUAUGCUCUUCACACCUUUCUUCCACCCUGGGAACUCUAUCCAUGCUCAGCCAGAGGUCCUAUUACACCAGAAUUAUGAUGAAGAUAGCUUUGUCCAGAGACCUUCAAGACCAUCCACAGAAACUGUCCACCACAACCCCCCAACCAUUGAACUGUUGCAUCGUUCUAGAUCACCCAUCACCAACAACCACCGUCCAUCACCAGACCCCGAUCAGCGGCCACUGAAGUCCCCUAUGGACAACAACACUAUGCGUCACCUCUCCCCAGCUGACAGGUUACCAGGGACAAGGCAUCAACAAGAGAACAACCACCAGGAGUCCUAUCCUCUUUCAGUGUCCCCGAUAGAAAACAACCACUGCCCUCCUCCUUCUGAGGUGCUCCAGAAGCCCUCCAGCCCUCGCCAGGAGAACACCAGGGUCAUCCAGCUGAUGCCCAGCCCUAUCAUGCAUCCUUUGAUACUGAACCCCAGGCACUCCGAUUUCAAACCACCAAGGUUGUCUGAGGAUGGGCUGCACAGGGAGGUAAAGCCAAUCAACCUGUCUCACCGGGAAGAGUUAGCUUAUAUGAACCACAUCAUGGUGUCUGUAUCCCCUCCUGAGGAUCAUGCAAUGCCCAUUGGAAGAAUAGCAGACUGUAGGUUGCUUUGGGAUUAUGUUUAUCAGCUGCUUUCUGACAGCCGGUACGAAAAUUUCAUCCGAUGGGAAGAUAAGGAAUCCAAAAUAUUUCGGAUAGUGGAUCCCAACGGGCUGGCCCGGCUGUGGGGAAACCACAAGAACAGAACAAAUAUGACUUACGAGAAAAUGUCCAGAGCCCUACGCCACUACUACAAACUAAAUAUUAUCCGGAAGGAGCCAGGACAAAGGCUUUUGUUCAGGUUCAUGAAGACCCCAGAUGAGAUUAUGAGUGGCCGAACAGACCGCCUCGAGCACCUUGAAUCCCAGGAACUGGAUGAACAAAUAUACCAAGAAGAUGAGUGCUGAAGGGGACUGGUGCACCUCCUCUGUGGCUCCAUGGGAUAAACGUCUACCCAAAUGGCUGGCAUGGUUUGGGAGUGGAAAUAACAACACAGCAGCAGUACUUGGGGUCGCCGCUUAGCUUGAAGACCACACAGGACCUGAAGCACCUUAACAAAACAAACUAACAGGCAGAAGUGGUGCUGGCAGAAAAGUUAAGGGGAGAAAGCCUGGACUUAUGCACUACUUCACUGUUCCUACAAAGUCUCCCUUGAGUUCUUUUUUUCUUUUUGGUUUGUUUCAGUUUGGGGGGGGGGGGGGUGGGUUUGUUGUGUUUUUUUGUUGUUUUUUUUUUUUCCCCUAAUAAACAUGCAGUUUGACUUUCCUUAUAUCACAUAGG